UGGCAAUUACAGUAACCCGAGACACUUGUCUCCAACGUGUCUAGAUUUAAAGAAACACAUAAAACAGAGGAACGAUGCUCGCUCUUGGCUAGAAAGCACUUUCUUUUAUGAGGCGAGUGAUUAGGGAUUCUGUUCACCUGCGGCUGCUCCUGCAGCUCUCACAAUCGAAGGAAAAAACGACCGCUGAGAUUCCCACCGCUGCCGUUACCAGCAGAACUGCAAGCUCAGCCCUCAAGCAGCAAGAGCAAAUCAAAUAUGUGGGCAUUAUCAUCGUGGGAGAAUCUGUCCCUAAUCAAAUAACCAGCAAUACUGCUACACGCCAGCCCCUUGUUUUGUUUGCAGUGCUACAACAGAUGCAAACAGAUUUCAAGUGAAGGAGUCUGUGUCUGGCACAAGAGACGGAUCUGGCACUGUGCGCCAUCAGAAAAGGCCUGGCUGCCUUGGAAACAGAGAAGAAGGCGACCCAAAGGAGGAAAGCACUCAAGAAGGGGGCGGGAGGCAGAGGGAAAAAAGGUGGAGUGUUGUAUGAAGAGAGAGAGGAAAGAGAGAGCCAGAGGCAGAGUGAAAACACAUUGGAGCCUAGAGUGAGAGUUACUGAAUGAGGCAGAGCAAGUCCGGCCUCGACUCUGAGGCGUUCUUCACACUCCAGCACUCGCCUCGUUCAUUCACAAAACAAACGCAGGAAGGAAGCCGAGAGAGAUAUCCGCACCACAUAACAGGAGGCAGUGCAGCAACGGAGCGCUGCGACCAGGCAUGCAAGGAGGAGGUUAACCGCAAGUGCUGUCCCCGAGCGAGAGCAGCAAGGCGCACAUCCUCCACAGCGCCACAGAUGCCACAGACUCCCUCAUCCUUGAGUGGAGAGCAAAGGGCUCCUGCCGAAGGGGGUCCCGACAGAUGUGGCGGUCCCUGCGUGGGGCCCUCAGGUGUCUGGGGGUGAAGGUGUGCCGCAGGAGCGCUCUGCUGGUCAUCCUGCUGUGGUUGGCCUCGUGGCUCUUCCUCAACGGCCUGGUGUUCGUGCACAGGAACAUGUUCUCUGACUUCUGCACUGACGACAAGAGCAAAGAGAUCCUUCAGAGGGUGUGUGCUGAGUAUCAGCAGGGAGUUCUGACCGGUGACCUCUGUGAGGACCUCUGUGUGGCCAGUCGUGUGGAAUACAAACGCUGCCUCUAUUAUGAGAAUGGCAAGAAGGUCAUGGCCGCCAGCUGGCGUGGGGUGCCUAUCGUUCUCAAGUCAAAGCUGGAGAACUUCUCCUCCUAUGAGGCUUUAGCUCUGCUGGAGUACCAGGAUGCAGCGGGAGGAGCGGGAGGCGAGGAGGAGCUCUCGCCGCUGGAUGUCGUCUUCUACGCCACGCUAGAGAUCAAGAACUCUCUGGGUUUGGAGACAGGAACUAAUUUGACGUUACCCCGGUUGUGGGGCCAGAAGCUGAAGGAGAACGAGCGGACAUACUCGCGAGCGGAGCUGGCCUCGCUCUGGGCUCUCCUUCAGCAGGAGGAGUACACCUUCCUCAGGGUCCUGCAGGAUUUAACCCAACAUGUGGCCAAGAUCCUGGGCUCCUGUGGUCACUUUUACGCCGUGGAGUACUUGGCGGCUGGACACGCGUGGGACCAGUACAUAUUCUCGUUGGAUGAGCUGAUGCUGAGCUCCUCUCCAAACCCCUGGAGCGGACAGGAGAAGAUUAUAAACGCAAGAGACAUGGUGCCACGAGUGGCUCUGAGCUUUCUAGAGAUGGUGGAGCAUUUUGAGAACGACUUUUCCCACAGUUUACACCUCUGUGACAUCAAACCAGAGAACUUUGCCAUCAGAAAGGACCUGACGGUGGUGGCUAUAGAUGUGGACAUGGCUUUUUUUGAGCCCAAAAUGAGAGACAUACUUGAGCAGAACUGCACCAGUGACAAUGACUGCAACUUCUUCGACUGCAUUUCCAAGUGCGAUAAAGCUAAAAAUAGAUGUGGGCCGAAACGCAAAAACAGUAACCUUCAGGUGAUCUGUGAGAAGAUCUUCAGGCCUUGGUUUUCUCCCACGCUGCUCGGUGCUAAAGCAGGGCUCCCCCUGCAGGUGGCGCUGCAGCGGGCCGUGCAGGAGUGCGCUGAGAUAGACGGCGGGGAGGACGCCCAGCGCACAUGGGCCGCGAGAGAACAGCUAAAGGAUCUGCUCGUGGAGCUCAUUCAGAAGGACACGGGAAACCAGGGUGAAGGCCAGGAACAUAAGAUGAGACGCGUCCAUACGGCACUUCAUUUCUAAACGAACUCUCGAAAAGGCUACGAAAGAACAAACCCAGUCAUGUGCAAUUCUUGAGAACAUCUCAGAUGACUAUUACAGUCGUGAUUAUGGUUUUCCAACAGUCAGAUACAUUCAAAAUGUCUUUUAACCCUCUGGUGCUGUUCGGUCAUUUUGAAAAUUUUAAAAUUAUUUUUUUUUUACUUCAUCUGAAUGGUACAAAACUUGGUUUUGGCACUUGCUAUGAGAACACACAAAAAUCAUGGACAUGAUUCGAGAAGGAUAAAUGGUUCUGAAAACAAAAUAUUUCUUAUAAAAUUUAAAAUAGCAUUUUUGUGCGUUUUUAAUAAUGAUAAACUUCUUUAUUUUUAUUUUUGUUUUAUUUUUUCAAGUUUCAAGUGGUUUAUUUAAAAAGAGACCAAAUGUAAUCUGUGCUCCAAAGCAUUCAAAACUGGAAAUUUAAUUUUCAAGUCUAUGCUCAAAAAGUGGCUAAUAAAAAAUGAAUGGAUAGUAACUAUUCCAUAGAUAUAAUUUAGUACCAUGAAAUCCGCUUCAAAAUACAAAAUAUUACAUAAAACAUUAUCAAACGAAAAUAUAGUUCAUUAAUUUCAUUGGGGACAAUAAAUUAAUUAAUAAAUUAAUAAAAUUAGAGCAUCACCAGAAGGUUAGUUCAGCUAAAAAAUAAGAUCCAUAUACAUUUUAACUCUCAUGUUGUUCUAAACCUGUAUGACUUUUUGUGACUAUUGUUUUUUUUACUUUUUUUUUUUUUCGUGUUCCAUAGAAGGAAAAAAUCCAUACAGGUUUGUUAUUUUUGGGUAAACUAUCCCUUUAAAGGUGCAGAUAUGUCUCUUACCAUUAACUAUACUGAUUAUUAUAUUAGCAUCCACACCAAUGUGAAAUAAGAUUGUUUCA